CCGUUUAAAAAGUCAAGAUUUGUUGGACUAACAAGGUCGUGCCGGCAAAAUCUUUACAGCCCGUGCUUACACAUGAAGAGCGGCUAAUUGAUCGUUAUCGAGAGGAAGGCGAGCGGUAUUGACGACUAACGGAGGAAAGACUCGGUGAAAAGGCCUCAAUUAAUAAUUUUCGCUUUUCAUCGAACGCAGUGUAUACAGCGUUUAGUUUGGAUUAACGUCAAUGCAGGGUGUUUACGGGAUUUUUUCGUAUGAUUCAUACAUGUGAUUUUGCCAACAUUUUUAUAGUUUUUUUUCAGUAUUGACAAGCAUAUAUGCAGGCUUACUGAAUAAUGCUGUAUGCAUAUAUGAUUUAUAUGUAUAAUGAUUCUAUAGUAGUGCAGAUCUCCAACAGAAGUAUUAAAUAGAGUGGCAUGUAUAUAGUACAUAGGUGUUGUAUAUGUACUAUAACUGUGUAUAUUUAUCUAAAAACUGGAUUUACAAAUGUAUAUAGGAUCGCGUAGGGAUGGCAGUAGAAACAAAACAUCUGUAGUGCGUGGUAUGCCUCAGAGGAUGAUUAGAAUCACGAGCAAUCGUUAUAUCUGUGUGUGAUACAGCAGGCCAAGCAAGCAGAAAUGGCUUGAGUGACACGGGCUUGUUUAUGUCCUCUUUGCCAAUUCCUUGAAUAUUUAUAAUUCUUGAUUCCUGAGCUACUCCUGCUGGAGGUGUAUGUAUAGGUCUCCCUGUCAGACGCUGGUAUUUGUGUUUCUCUGGAAAGGGGCGAGAAAACCAGACCUGGGAUUCUUGUUUAAUUCAAAGAUAAAAGACAGAAAGGGGGAGACAUAAAGUGGUGAGAAGAGGAAAAAGUACAUUAAGUUUUCUUGAAUCAUGGCAUUGCCUGGGAUAUAAAAUACUCCCGAGAUGUAAGGAUGAGACUGGACAAUUGGAAGCGGCACCUGGUGGCCGUCUUGGGGAUUAUAGUGACCGUCGUCCUGCUUGGACCUUUACGGUGGAUUAUAGGGACACCACGUGACGAUAUUUACAAAGAAAAGGACAUCCAGUUGAGACGUCUUGUCAGAUCCCUCCAUAGUCUAGAAAAGGACCGACAACUCACUGAGGACUCCAAAACUGAAGCUAAUCAUAGAACGGUUUCCUCCAAAGUGCCAUGGCUACAGAAACAUCCCGACAAAUUCUUGCCAAAUGUAUAUCUAAGAAAAUCCUCCAAACCGACGAUACGAGAUUCUGCAAUAGUGUUUCUACAACAGGAAUUCGCCACUGCAGAUAGCCUUCUCCACACAUGUUUGUCAAAUAUAUCGUAUGCCAAUAACUUGUCUAUGUCACCAGUGAUGCACGUGCAAAACCGCUUGUUGUGGGACGCUGGAACGAAAGAUUCCAUGAUGUUUAAGGAACGGAUAAAAGUUCAUCGUGGUCCUUACUCGUUUGGUGCCUGUGAUAACAUAAACAUUAAAUGUGCCCAUUUUAUUAUGGUACAUGAACCGUUUGAGUUAGCAAUGUCAAGCUACGAAUUUUGCAAAGCAAAUCCGUCGCAUGAAAAGUGUUCUGUGUUUCAAUCAAAAUCUGUUUCCCUGCGGGAAUGGGUGCUUCUUCAAAAAGGUGCUUUAUUUCAUCAAUUACUGUUUUCUUCAGAAAUGUGUUCACAAGACAAAUCACAACAUUUAACAAAUCUCCAUAAGUCACAAUUGAAUUCCACUCUUCAUGACCAUGAUCAGAAGAAUCCUUGCUGGUAUCGACAGAAGCUGCUGUUAGGUCAAGCGUUAAGUGACACAGACAUUAGUCAUAUCACCGACUAUAUCGUCAGCCAUCUUUCUGAUUGGUUCGCUGUGAUCGGCCUCGGUUCCGAUGUAAAUAAUAGCUUGCUCAUGUUUGAAAAAGCUCUCGAACUCCCUUUUACUAAGUGCCGUAAAGGUAGUAAUGAUAACACCGCUGAUUCAGACAAUAACAACACUUAUAACAAUGAUAAUCAAAAAACAUCAGAGGAAGAUGAUGAACCUUCGGAUGAUAAUGAAGAUAUGGACGAUGAAACAUUAGAUUUAAGAGAUGAUUAUCGUGUGCAAGAAGCCAUGAUACCUGAUUUAAGAAUCUACAAGGAAGCUAAGAGGUUAUUUAAUAUCCAGCAGCAAAUCCUCUUAAACAAAGUAUAAUAGACGGUUUUUAUUUUUUCUUGAACGUAAUAAAUUAAAUAAGAUAGCUUUAAUUUAUGUUUGUGUCUUGUAAGUAGUGUUGAUUAACAUGUACAUCUUUUAAAUGAGAACUACAUGUAUAUCAAAGAUAUUACGAACGCAAUAGUAAUGAUAACAAUACACUACAGACAUAUUUUCGUGUAUAUCGCGCGCGAGGAAACGUCGUGAAAAUUAAUCAAUGCGAAAUAGUUUCAAUCACAGAUACAGUAGGCAUUUUAUGACUAUAAAUCGCAAAAUUAAAUCAAAGAGAAAAACGUCGUUAGGUAUGAAAAAGCGAAAUAAAAUCGCCCCGAAAUUCAAUGAGUUCAAUACAAUUUACACAAUCGCAGAAACUGUAAUAUAUAGAAAAAUGUAUUCUAUGCUAAACGUAACUCUUAGCUAUUUCAAAAUAAAGGUUCAAAUUAAUUAACACGCAGAAAAGAUCGAUAAGCUUAAGAUAAUGAGCGCCAGUUAACAAUGUAUUGAGAUUUUGUUUAAACAAUAUUACAACAGUAACGUUCAUGUAAACUGUUAUAUGUCAUAUUUGAAUUAAUUGCAAUAUUUUCUCCCCAGGUUUAAAAAAACCGUGCGAGUCUUCUGGAUAUGCAUACGAAACUGGUACUGACCUUUUCUGUCUCAAAAGUUGAUAUUCUUAUUAGUGCGUCACACUUAGACAUCGAAGCAUUCUUUCAAACUAAAACAAGCAGUUAAAAGUUAAUCCCAAUUUUUAAUUUACAUGUUUAUUUAUUUGACAUUCGUUGUAUAGAAUAGUGACAUACAUUUCCUGAACCCAGUUAAAUCAUUCCCUAAAUUAAGAAAAUCCCUUAACCUAAUUUGUUUCCAUAUAUAAGUAUAACAGUUUUGUUUCCUUUAAUCCAAUAAAUAUUUCUGGUGGAAAAUUAAGUCAGGGAAUUUCUUUAAGUACCAUGAAAUCGAAGGUUGGUUAAAUAUAAAAAUUUCUGAACACAAGCCAUCAAAAGGCGAUCUGUGUAUCAAUCAAACAUAUAACAUGGGGCUUAAAACUAUAACUGGGGUGAACAUUCGACUACAAUAAUGUGGGGAUUAAUCUGCUAUGACAUGCUGUAGACAGAUCAGUAUUAUGGUAUACUGAUAAAAGUAUUGAGACUCUGAGUGUAAAUGACGAAGAGAUGAAUGGAGGAAUACAUGAAUACACGGUUAGAGAAAAUGCUUUAUAUUUAUAUUGAAUGAAAGCUUGACAUGUGUGAAUAAAUUAAAAAGAUUCAGCUUUGAA